GUCGCCAUGGAAUUCAUCAUUUGCUGUCUUUGGUGGAGGCAUACCUAUAAAUACACGUUGAGUGCAUUUGUUACAGAUAAUGUGGAUUGCAAAGCUGACUUAAAUAAGAAAGUGUUGAAAUGAAUGAUGAAGGGGACCUUCUACAGGAGGACACAGCAACAAACGAAGUUGACGAGACUGAAGCUAGUAGAAUGAGUGAAUUGAGAAGGACAAGAAAGAAAGUCACUAAGUCACAUGAUUGCUCAGCUGAAGCAGGAGAAAUGGAUAUAUCUGAUGCAAAUGAGAGAAUCAGAAGCCAGAUGAUGUGUUACAAAUUGGGGGAUGCAAAUCAACCAGUCAUGGCACCUAACUCUGCUGAUACUCACGUGUCACAGGAUAACAAGGACUCUCCUGAUCAGACAAUGGUGAUUAAAUCAUUACCCCCCAAAACGUCAGCCAAUGUUCCUAGUGGUGAACACAACCCAAAUUCUGAUUGUACCAGGGAUACCACUCAAAUUCUGACGCCACCUCAACUCUCUUCUAGAAUGAAGCAUAUUAAACAAGAGAUGGCCAAAAAUCACCUCCAGUUUGUACAGUUUGAAGCAUCCGACCUACAUGGUGUGUCCAGGUCAAAGAGUAUCCCUGCACACUUUUUUCAAGAAAAAGUGAUUCAUGGUGUUUUCAUGCCUCGAGGUUACCUUGAAUUGAUACCGAAUCCUAAGGACAAUGAAGUGAAUCACAUCCGAGCCACAUGCUUUAAUAGCGAUAUAGUCCUGAUGCCCGAGUUAUCCACCUUUCGAGUUUUGCCCUGGGCUGAGAGGACUGCAAGAGUGAUAUGUGAUACCUUCACUGUGACUGGAGAGCCGCUGCUGACUUCCCCACGGUACAUUGCAAAGCGGCAGUUGGAUCAGCUGCAGGACUGUGGCUUUUCCCUUCUCUCUGCCUUCAUCUAUGAUUUUUGCAUCUUUGGAGUGCCUGAAAUGAUCAACUCAAAGACUAUAUCGUUUCCUGCUUCAACACUAGUAAAUAAUCAUGAUCAGCCAUUCAUGCAGGAGCUUGUUGAUGGCUUGUACCACACAGGAGCCAAUGUUGAGAGCUUUUCCUCCUCUACCAGGCCUGGUCAGAUGGAAAUUUGUUUUCUGCCUGAAUUUGGCAUAAGUGCAGCUGAUCAUGCAUUUACUCUCAGAACAGGUGUCAAAGAAGUGGCAAGGAAAUAUAAUUACAUUGCCAGCUUUUUCAUUGAGACUGGAUUCUGCAAUUCAGGAAUUUUGUCUCAUAGUCUGUGGGAUGCCAACGGGAAGAAAAACAUGUUCUGCAGCAAUUCUGGGACUGAACAGCUUACAAUCACUGGGAAAAAAUGGUUGGCAGGACUUUUGAAGCAUUCUGCGGCUCUCAGCUGCCUGAUGGCACCAGCUGUUAGCUGCCGGAAGCGUUAUGCCAAGGAGAGCAAGGACCUGAAGGACAGUGUGCCCACAACAUGGGGGUACAAUGACAAUAGCUGCGCUUUCAACAUCAAGUGCCAUGGUGACAAAGGUGCCCGCAUAGAAAAUAAACUAGGUUCUGCAACAGCAAACCCGUACCUGGUACUGGCUGCCACCGUCGCUGCUGGCUUAGAUGGACUUCAGAGUAGCUGUGUUGCCGUGGCCGAUUCAGAUGAGAGCACAGACCUUUUCCAACCAAAACCAUCUGAGAUUCCUUUGAAACUGGAAGAUGCUCUUGUAGCACUGGAGGAAGAUCAGUGUUUGAGGCAGGCUCUGGGAGAAACUUUUAUUCGCUAUUUUGUGGCUAUGAAGAAAUACGAGUUGGAAAACGAAGAAACAGAUGCUGAGAGAAAUAAAUUCUUGGAAUAUUUUAUCUAGAACAGAACGAUUAACUAUUUCUUGAGAGAUAAGCUUAUUGAGUAACUAACCUACCAGAAAUAAAAAGAUUGAUGUUUUGUAGUUAAUAAUAACAGAACAUAAAUGCUAUUGCUCUUUUGUGUUCCUCUGGAAUAUCUGACAAAUGAAGUGGGACUACUAAAAAAAUUCUGACUACAGAAACAAACAAUAAAGUUGUGGUGAAG